AUGCUGAUUCUGUUCGAAACCUCACUUGGCGUGACACUGUUUAAAAUUAAGGAUGGCAAGCUCGAGGAUCCCGAUCUCCACAAGGAGUUCGCCUCCCCCGACUCUGCUUCGUCGGUCCUCAAGCUCAAGGCCAUUCACAAGUUCAACUCCACCACCGAGGCCCUCGAGGACAUCACCCAGCUCCAGGACGGCAAACUGUCCAAGUCGAUGAAAAAAUUCUUGCAGGACAACGUCGCCGACGACAAGAAAUCCCAGAACCUCGCUGUCAUGGAUCCGAAGCUGGCUUCCACUAUCGCGCAGAAGCUCAACAUCAACGUCGUCUCGGACUCGACCACGGUCGAUCUCUUCCGCGGUGUCCGCCAGCAGCUCCCGCACCUCCUCAACGGCAUCGAGCAGCACGACAUGGACACCAUGUCCCUCGGUCUCUCCCACUCCCUCUCCCGCUUCAAGCUCCGCUUCAGCCCCGACAAGGUCGAUGUCAUGGUCAUCCAGGCGAUUGCCCUCCUCGACGACCUCGACAAGGAGCUCAACAUCUACGCCAUGCGUGUCAAGGAGUGGUACGGGUGGCACUUCCCUGAGAUGGCAAAGAUUAUCAGCGACAACAUCGCCUACGCCAAGAUCAUCAAGUUGGCUGGUUUCAGGACGAAUAUUCCGUCAACUGACCUCUCGAGCCUCCUCCCCGAGGAUUUGGAGCAAGCCAUCAAGGUGGCUGCUAACAUUAGUAUGGGUACUGAGAUCUCUGACACCGACAUUGAGCACAUACUCAGUCUUUCUGAGCAAGUCAUCAGCAUCGCCGCCUACCGCCAAGAACUGUACGACUACCUGCGCAACAGAAUGAACGCAAUUGCACCAAACCUCACAGCUCUCGUUGGUGAGCUUGUCGGUGCCCGUCUCAUCAGCCAUGCAGGCUCUCUCACCACUCUCGCCAAGUAUCCCGCCUCAACUGUCCAAAUCCUCGGUGCCGAGAAAGCACUCUUCCGCGCUCUCAAGACGAAGCACGACACUCCUAAAUACGGUCUCAUCUACCACGCCUCCUUGGUAGGAUCAGCACCACAGAAACUCAAGGGUAAGAUGGCACGUAUGGUGGCUACCAAGACCUCCCUCUCUUCACGUUUAGACGCACUCGCCGAUGCUGAAACUAAAGCUGAUAUGGACUCAGCUUCUAUCGGUAUCGAACAACGCGCUAGCCUCGAGAGUAGACUCAGAGCUCUCGAGCGUAGCAUUGGUAUACAGAGGACACGCAAUGAAAGUGAUGUUGGUAGCAAGAAACAAAACAAAUUCGAUUAUGACGCUUCUAACGGCAACGGUACCGCUACUUACAACUCUAACACUGACAAUCUCCUCCCUACACAACCAGCUCAGCCAUCUAAUGGUGCCCAAGGUGCAGACGGCCUCUCCGAUAAAGAACGUAGAAAAGCUGAAAAGAAGGCUGCUAAGGCUGCUCGUAAGAGUGAAGUUGGUGACGCAGGCGAGGAUUCCGCUGCUCCUUCAAAGAAGCGCUCGAGAGACGACGACGAAGAUGUCGACGCCGAUUCACCUAAAAAGGAAUCCAAAGAAGAGAAAAAGGCGAGAAAGGAAGCUAAGCGUGCCAAGAAAGCUGCCAAGGAGUAG